UCAACUGGAGCUGCCUGCUCUCAAUCCAGCUGCGAUUGCCAGCGGGCGACUAAGAUGCGUGUUUGUCCUCAGGUGCCCGAGUGUGUGUGUUUGUGCGUGUGUGUGUGCGUACGCACGCAUAAGGUUGGGAGCUGGGAGGCAACUUGGCUUUGGGGGCCCAAACUAGCCUGCUUCCCCUUCUGGGUCUGCUGGCCUAAUUCCCAGCUGCAGCUGCCGUUUCUGGGCUCCCCUCCCUGAGGCAAUCUCCCCGCAGAUUUGACAGCGGGAGAGGAGGGGCCGAGGGAAGGGGAAUGAACCGGGAAGGGGACUCAGCUCUAAUCUGAUGUAGAUGAUCCGGCAGCCUUCUCCAGCUUAGCUGCCCUCUGCCAUCAGCUCUCUGGGCGAUGAUUUUCUCUGUGCCUGCACUCUCCCCUCCUGCCUUCAUCUCCUUAAGAAAGUGUCCAGAAAGUUAAACCCACACACACAAACACACACACACACAAUCCACCAAAAAAAAAAAAAAAUCAGGGAGCAGGAGCAGGCAGAGGAGUAAGAGAGCACGCGCACAAGCGAGAGGGCUCAGCGCGGUCUUGGAGGAAGAGCGGCGCAGGCAGAGGGAGGCUGGGGUUCGCGGUGACCAGGACUAAGGUCUCUUAGCCCUCAGGAGCCUCCUUCAUGGACCCGGGGAUCCUGAGAGGGGCUGCCUCAGCUUAGGAUGGGCAACUGUGUGAAGUCUCCACUGAGAAAUCUCUCAAGGAAGAUGCGCCAGGAGGAGACCAGCUACACGGUGGUGCAGACAAGUGAGGAGGGGCUGGCGGCCAGCGGUGAACUCCCGGGACCACUCCUGAUGCUGGCCCAGAACUGCGCUGUCAUGCACAACCUGCUGGGCCCCGCUUGCAUUUUCCUGCGUAAGGGCUUCGCGGAGAACAGGCAGCCUGACAGAUCUCUGCGACCAGAGGAGAUUGAAGAGCUCCGGGAGGCCUUCAAGGAAUUUGACAAGGACAAGGAUGGCUACAUCAACUGCCGGGACCUGGGCAACUGCAUGCGCACCAUGGGCUACAUGCCCACUGAGAUGGAGCUCAUUGAGCUGUCCCAGCAGAUCAACAUGAACCUGGGUGGCCAUGUAGAUUUCGAUGACUUUGUGGAGCUAAUGGGACCUAAACUCCUGGCGGAGACGGCAGAUAUGAUUGGAGUAAAAGAGCUGCGAGAUGCUUUCCGAGAGUUUGACACCAAUGGUGAUGGGGAGAUAAGCACCAGUGAGUUACGAGAGGCCAUGAGGAAGCUCCUGGGUCAUCAGGUGGGACACCGAGACAUAGAGGAAAUCAUCCGAGACGUGGACCUCAAUGGGGAUGGACGAGUGGACUUUGAAGAAUUUGUCCGGAUGAUGUCCCGCUGAGGCCACCAGGGCCCCUCCAGGACUGCCAAGCGCCACAGGUGGGAGAAGAGGAGCCUGAGCUCGCCUCACCUGCCGCAGCCGCAGAGAGCCCAGAAGAUACUGGCGGAUGGGGCCUGCCUGCACCCCAGGGAGGUGCCUACCCCGGACCCCCACCCCUCUGCACUGUGAAAGACUCAUGACUCCUGCAACUGGAAAGGGGUGGGGGCGCCGGCUGACGAGGAGGCCACCGUGCCAAGCCGGCAGAGGUCAGGCCAGGUGCCGCGUGCCAGGGACCCAGUCGCCGCUGGCCAGGUGGGCCUGGAGCCGCCAGCGGGCCCCACACAGCAUGCCUGCCCCGGGGGCAAAGCCUCUCGCCGCCCUCCUCCGUUCUGCGCCCAUCCCAGCUCGCCUCAGCCCUGUUAUCUCAGAACCAAUAAAAGUAUUUCCAGGAGAAA